GAUCUGCAAGCAGCUAAGAGGCUUCUUCUAAUCAACAGGCAGAGCCUGGGGAUUUCUGGGUGCGGUGAGUCCAUCAUUUAAAAACCAGACACCCAGAAGCUGGGGCUUCGGGACAGCAUGGAGAGCUCUCAUGGUACCAAGUAACAGAUCGGCCUUCCUGUAGCUCGGGGACGCCAGAUCGCAGAAGAUGUCGGCAAUACAGGCCGCCUGGCCGUCCGGUACAGAAUGUAUUGCCAAGUACAACUUCCAUGGCACUGCUGAGCAAGACCUUCCCUUCUGCAAAGGAGAUGUGCUCACCAUUGUGGCCGUCACCAAGGACCCCAACUGGUACAAAGCCAAAAACAAAGUGGGCCGUGAGGGCAUCAUCCCAGCCAACUAUGUCCAGAAGCGCGAGGGCGUGAAGGCAGGCACCAAACUCAGCCUGAUGCCCUGGUUCCACGGUAAGAUCACACGGGAGCAGGCCGAGCGGCUCCUCUACCCCCCAGAGACAGGCCUGUUCCUGGUGCGGGAAAGCACCAACUACCCCGGGGACUACACCCUGUGUGUGAGCUGUGAAGGCAAGGUGGAGCACUACCGCAUCAUGUACCACGCGAGCAAGCUGAGCAUUGACGAGGAGGUGUACUUCGAGAACCUGAUGCAGCUGGUGGAGCACUACACCACAGAUGCUGAUGGACUCUGCACCCGCCUCAUCAAACCAAAGGUCAUGGAGGGCACCGUGGCAGCCCAGGAUGAAUUCUACCGCAGUGGCUGGGCAUUGAACAUGAAGGAACUGAAGCUGCUACAGACGAUAGGAAAGGGGGAGUUUGGAGACGUGAUGCUGGGGGAUUACCGAGGCAACAAGGUUGCAGUCAAGUGCAUUAAGAAUGAUGCUACUGCCCAGGCCUUCCUGGCUGAGGCCUCUGUCAUGACGCAACUUCGGCACAGCAACCUAGUCCAGCUACUGGGUGUGAUUGUGGAGGAGAAGGGUGGGCUCUACAUUGUCACAGAGUACAUGGCCAAGGGGAGUUUGGUGGACUAUCUUCGAUCUCGUGGUCGUUCGGUGCUAGGCGGAGACUGUCUCCUCAAAUUCUCACUAGACGUCUGUGAAGCCAUGGAAUACCUGGAGGGUAACAAUUUUGUGCACCGGGACUUGGCUGCCCGGAAUGUGCUGGUGUCUGAGGACAACGUGGCCAAGGUCAGUGACUUUGGCCUCACUAAGGAAGCGUCCAGCACUCAGGACACAGGCAAGCUGCCGGUCAAGUGGACAGCUCCUGAAGCCUUGCGAGAGAAGAAAUUUUCCACCAAGUCUGAUGUGUGGAGUUUCGGGAUCCUUCUCUGGGAAAUCUAUUCCUUCGGGCGAGUGCCUUACCCUAGAAUUCCCCUGAAGGACGUCGUCCCGCGGGUGGAAAAGGGCUAUAAGAUGGACGCUCCGGAUGGCUGCCCAGCCGCCGUCUACGAGGUCAUGAAGAACUGCUGGCACCUGGAUGCCGCCACACGGCCCACCUUUCUGCAGCUUCGAGAGCAGCUUGAGCACAUCAAAACCCAUGAGCUGCACCUGUGACCUCUGCUCCCGCCUAGGCCACGGGCCUGCAGGGACAGGGCCUAGAAGACGACAGAUCUGGUGCCCUGCUGCCUGCUGGGCCUGAACUUGAACUGAGCCCCAGCAGGCUGGUAGGCCUCUUGCCUCUGACCUACCUGUCCCUUCUGGCCCCCAGGGGCCCCACCUAGGCUUGGCAUCUUCUCUCAUGGACCCAACUAGAGGGCUUCGGACGCCCACUGAAGGGGCUGAGGAGAGGAGGCCAAGGAGCAGGAGGAGCGCCCUGCGGUCGGCCUCCUCUUGGCCCCGCCAUUCGCCUUCUUAGAGUUUUAUUCCUUUCCUUUUUUGAGAUUUUUUCCGUGUGUUUAUUUUUUAUUAUUUUUCAACAUAAGAAGAAAGAAAGUACCCAGCAAAUGGGCAUUUUACAAGAAGUACGAAUCUUAUUUUUCCUGUCCCGCCCCUGGGGGUGGGGGAGAAUCAGCCUGUCUCUAGGGACCCAUCACCCCAGCCCGUCCCCCAUCCCGUGUUCCAUGUCCAGUGUUGCCUCGGUCGCCUGUGUUUGCGCUUGACCAUGUUGCGCAGUUUGCAUGUGCCCAAGGCAGGCGUCUGUCGGGGGCUUGAAUUUCAUGUGCUGUGGCCGCUCACCCACACCGCCUUGUGAGAUGGAAUCAAUAAACCACUCCAUGAGGACACCGCC